AUGGCUCCUCGAGUGUGGUUUAUCACCGGUUGCUCGUCCGGCUUUGGAUGGGAGAUGACCCUCGAAGCCCUGAGACGAGGCGAUAAAGUGAUCGCGACUGCCAGGAAACUUGAAAGGAUUGGCAAGCUGAAGGAUGCCGGCGCUGAUGUCUUUGGACUCGACGUCACGAGUAGUCUUGACGAUAUCCGACGUCUCGUCUGGGAGGCCUACAACAUCUAUGGACGUAUUGAUAUUCUUGUCAAUAAUGCUGGGUAUAUUCAGCAAGGCGCUUUGGAGGAAGUAAGUCCAGAGGAAACUUACGCCCUGUUCAACACAAAUGUGUUUGGGCCGUUAAACGUUAUCCGUGCGAUCCUACCCUAUAUGCGAUCGCAGCACUCCGGUGUCAUUGCCAAUACAUCCAGCGCUGGUUCUUGGACAAAUACUGCCGGAGGUGGACUAUACUCCGCGACAAAGAAGGCCCUCUCGGGAGCUACAGAGACACUUCGUGUAGAAUUAGAGCCAUUUGGCAUUUCUGUCACCUCCCUUGAGCCUGGUGAUUUCCGGUCAAAUCUACUGGCUGCAGGCCAUCGAUUUGCUGCAAUACAUCCCAUUCCAGAUUACGACAACACUCCUACCAGAGCAGCAAUCGAAGAAAGCAAUAGCCAAGACCAUAAACAACCCGGAGAUCUGGUAAAAGGUAGCAAGAUUAUUGUCGACAUUCUCACGCAGACUGGCUGUGCCGCUGGCCGGAAGAUUCCAGUCCGGGUUGCUCUGGGUGCCGAAGCUUGCGAGCUGAUGCGGGAUAAGUGCAAGGAUACACUUGCUCUUCUAGAAGAGUGGAAAGACGUCGUUAGCGAUACCAAUCACGACGACGUCACACCCCUUCCAUGA